ACAGGGGACCGCGGGGACAAAAACACUGUUGGCAGUGCAGAAAGGACGAGAGAAGGCUGCUGGAGCCGUCCAGGAGAUUUUAUUGUUUUACAUUUUAACUAACAAGGCUUUUCGGCAAAUAUAUAUCUUUCCAACUUCAGCUACAGUGAUAGCUAAGUUUGGAAAGGAGAAAGGGGAGCUUUGGAGUGCGUUUAUCGAAAAUUCAAUGCACCGAGUAUCGCCUGCAUCGAAAGCCUGUACAAAGGGAAAUAAAUAUUGACUAAAUUAUUUUGAGAAAAAAUAUUACAAAUGGAUAACGCGGGACCUAAGAAACGUUGCUGUGAAUCUGUCCAAUCGUUCUUCACAUCGCCAAAGUUCCUUAUUUACCUUGGACAUGCCCUCUCCACAUGGGGAGAUCGUAUGUGGAAUUUCGCUGUAGCUGUAUUUCUGGUGGGGCUGUAUGGCAACAGCCUCCUGCUCACGGCUGUGUACGGACUGGUGGUGGCAGGGUCAGUCCUGCUGCUCGGAGCCAUUAUCGGUGACUGGGUGGAUAAAAACCCCAGACUCAAAGUGGCCCAGACUUCACUGGUUGUCCAGAACUGUGCCGUCAUACUGUGUGGGAUCCUCUUGAUGGUGGUUUUCCAGUUCAAAGAACAGCUUGCAGAGUUAUAUAAUGGAUGGGUUCUGACAUGCUGCUAUAUCUUGGUCAUCUCCAUAGCCAACAUUGCUAACUUGGCCAGUACUGCCAUGUCCAUUACUAUCCAGAGAGACUGGGUGGUAGUUGUGGCUGGACAGGACAGCAGCAAGCUGGCAGACAUGAAUGCCACAGUACGGAUCAUCGAUCAGCUAACAAACAUCCUGGCGCCUAUGUUGGUGGGCCAGAUCAUGGCCUUCUGCUCCAACUUUAUUGGCUGCGGUUUCAUUGCCGGCUGGAACCUGUGCUCUAUGUGCUUGGAGUACUGUCUGCUGUGGAAAGUCUACCAGAAAACUCCAGCACUGGCCAUGAAGGCUGGCAAGAAAGAAGACUACCAGGAACUGAAACGACUGAACUCCCCAAAAGAGCUAGAGAACGGCCAGGGCCCAGUGGAGGGCUCCCAGCUCAUGAACGAGACUGCUGUUGUCAAGGCCGACUCUCCCAGGAAGACUGGCUGCUGCUACCAGAUGGCGGAGCCCCUGCGCACCAUCCGCGAUGGCUGGGUGGCCUACUACAACCAGUCCAUCUUCUUCGCUGGCAUGUCGCUGGCUUUCCUCUACAUGACAGUGCUGGGCUUUGACUGCAUUACCACAGGCUAUGCCUACAUGCAGGGCCUCAACGGCUCUGUGCUCAGCCUGCUGAUGGGCGCCUCUGCCGUGUCGGGCAUCUGUGGCACGGUGGCCUUUACCUGGGUUCGCAAGAACUGUGGCCUGAUCCGCACAGGCUUCAUCUCGGGUGUGGUGCAGCUCUCCUGCCUAAUGCUGUGCGUGGUAUCCGUCUUCGCACCGGGCAGCCCCUUUGACCUCAGUGUCUCACCCUUCCAGGACAUCUAUAGCCACCUGACUGGGAAGAGCAGCGCCCUCCCGGAGGCCGCCUACCCGGCUAGCAUGCUAACCAUCGAUGGUCAGGGUCUGCUGGUUAACAGUUCGACCGUACCGCCCGCCGAGGAACUGCCGCCUCUGCAGUCCUACAUGUCAGUCAGCCUGCUGUUUUCGGGGGUCAUUGCUGCUAGAAUUGGUCUAUGGUCCUUUGACUUAACCGUGACCCAGCUCAUCCAAGAGAAUGUGAUCGAGUCGGAGAGGGGACUGAUCAACGGCGUCCAGAACUCCAUGAACUACCUCCUAGACCUUCUGCAUUUCAUCAUGGUGAUUCUGGCGCCCAACCCAGAGGCCUUCGGCCUGCUCGUCAUCCUCUCCGUCUCAUUCGUGGCCAUGGGCCACAUAAUGUAUUUCAGGUUUGCCUUUAAGAGCCUCGGGCGGCGCCUCUUCCUCUGCUGCUCUCCAGAGCAGCAGACUCAGGCCCUCCCCGACUCUCCCUCCUCGCUUCCCACCACGGUGUAACCCAUUAAAGAGACUCUUUCCCUGCUUACAGCUCCGCCUGCAGUACACAAAUACCACCUUCUCCUCCAGCCCCUUCGCCAUCAACCUAAACAUGCUUGUAGCCCCGGCAGGACUAAUGUAUUUACUUUUGCGCCUUACCCUAGCAGGUGCUGUCCUUUGCCAUUGUAGAUAGCAUUUGCCGUUCGCUGAGGGAGGAGGGUAGUGCGGCCGCAGACAUAGGAGUCUCUCUAAGACAAACAACCCAGAUCAUGAGGUCAUAAGUGUCACAAAAAAACACUUCCCUACUUCGCUCCUUCCCAUAUUUAAAUGUAGCCGUCUUGGUAUGCAUUCAGGUUUAAAGCUAAAUUAAGGUGGAAAAUUGCAGGUAUUGCCACUUGCAGUUACUACGGUUACAGCUGGGUAAUGCUCAAGUAUGUGCUAGUGCUGUUUGCAUCUCAUUACAGCUCUGCAUCAGCCGUGGGAUUCCCAUUUCCACUUUGAAGCCAUUUGUUUCUCAGUAGUUUAUUGGUGCUAUAAAUCAUUCAUGUUAGCAUUUCAGUUAUUUCAGCUUUAGUAAUUAAUGCUUUAGAUGAUCGGUUCUUGCUCAUUUCUCUUUAAUACAUGGUUAUAAGGGUUAUGCAAAUGUAUUUAUUCAAGGAGCGCAAAUACUUAUGUUUAUCAAUACAUGGAGUGUACAAAACAUUAGGAACACCUGCUCUUUCUAUGACAGACUGACCAGGUGAAAGUUAUGAUCCUUAUUGGUGACACCUGUUAAAUCCACUUCGAAGACAGGUUAAAGAAGGAUUUUAAGCCAUGAGAAAGAGACAUGGAUUGUGUGUGUGCCAUGGAGGGUGAAUAGGCAAGACAAAAUAUUUAAGUUCCUUUGAACAGGGUAUUGUAGUAGAUGCCAGGUGCACUGGUUUGAGUGUGUCAAGAACUGCAACGCUGUUGGGUUUUUCACGCUCAACAAUUUCCCGUGUGUAUCAAGAAUGGUCCACCACCCAAAGGACAUCCAGCCAACUUGACAACUGGGAAGCAUUGGAGUCAACAUGGGCCAGCAUCCCUGUGGAACGCUUGACACAUUGUAGAGUCCAUGCACCAACUAAUUGAGGCUGUUUUGAGGGCAAAAGGGGGUGCAACUCAAUAUUAGGUAGGUAUUCCUAAUGUUUUGUACACUCAGGUGUAUAUUCUCAAUGUAUCAUGACUAUUGUCUUUCUCACCCAUGAUGGUGCUAAUGUACUAGCUAUAGCAAACACCUGGAAACUGUGCAUUCACAUUUAAUGACCAAAGUGGACCUUCUUAUAUAGCUUAAAGGAAGUGAAGGGAAAACCGGGUGUUACAUUUUGUUUGAGCAUUCCAAAUAUUUUUUGAUGUGAAGUGAUAGUGAAACUUGUAUAAGCUCAUUAACGCCAUUGUAGACACUUGUGUACACUUAAGAUCUCGACCCCCCUCCCCCCCCCCGCAAUUCUCUUAACUAUAGUAUAGCAAUGUAAUCUACUAGUAAAUUUGUCAGAAUUGAUUUCUACAGCGCCUUCAGAAAGUAUUCACACACCUUGUCUUUUUCCACAUUGUGUGUUACAGCCUGAUUUUAAAUUGAAGAUUGUGUUCCUAGCCUACACACAAUACCCCAUAAUGUCAGUGGAAUUGUUUCACAUUUUUACAAAUUAAAAAUGAAAAGCUGAAAUGUCUUGUCAAUAAGAAUUCAACCCCUUUGUUAUGGCAAGCCUAAAUAAGUUCAGGAGUAAAAAUGUGCUUAACAAGUCACAUGGACUCACUGUGUACGAGUUUAACAUUAUUUUUUUAAUGACCAACUCACCUCUGUACCCCACACAUAUAGAUAAUUGUAAGGUCCCUCAGUUGAGCAGUGAAUAUUAAAACAGAUUCAACCACAAAGACCAGCAAGGUUUUACAAUGCCUCAAAGAAGGGCACCUAUUGGUAGAUGGGCAAAAUGUAAAAAAAACAGACCUUGAAUAUCCGUUUGAGCAUGGUGAAGUUAUUAAUUACACUUUUGAUGGUGUAUCAAUGCAAAGAUACAGGCGUCCUUCCCAACUCAGUUGCCGGAGUGGAAGGAAACCGCUCGGGAAUUUCAGCAUGAGGCCAAUGGUGACUUUAAAACCACUAGAGUUUAAUGGCUCUGAUUAGGAUAAAACUGAGGAUGGAUCAACAGCAAUACAAACAAAAUUGACAGAGUGAAAAGGAAGCCUGUACUGAAUAAAAUAUAUUCCUAAACAUGCAUCCCGUUUGAAACAAGACACCGAAGUAAUACCGCCAAGAAAUGUGCCAAAGCAAUUCACUUUUUGUCCUGAAUACAAAAAGUUGUUUGGGGUAAAUCCAAUACAACACAUUAAAGUACCACUCUCCAUAUUUUCAAGCAUAGUAGUGGCUGUAUCAUGUUAUGGGUAUGCUUGUAAUAGUUAAGGACUGGAUAGUUUUCAAAAGACAAAAAAAGAAAUGGAGCCAAACACAGGCAAAAUCAUAGUGGAAAAACCUGGUUGUCUGCUUUCCAACAUACACUGGGAGAUUAAUUCACCUUUCAGAAGGACAAUAGCUUGAAGAAUUAUGAAAAUAAUAAAAAUGGGCAAAUGUUGCACAAUCCAGGUAUGGAAAGCUCUUAGACGUACCCAGAAAAACUUGCAUCCUUGGCAGCGUUUACAGCGGUUUCUAUAAAGUAUUGACACAGGGGUAUGAAUACUUAUGGAAACUAAUAUAUAUAUAUAAUUUAAAAAAAAUCAGUUUGUCAUUGUGGGGUAUUGUGUAGAUGUCGGAGAGAAAAAAAGUAAUACAUUUUGAAUUCGGGCAGUAACAAUGUGGAAUAAGUCAAGGGGUAUGAAUACUUUAAGUGAUUGUACCAUGUCCAUAAUAAUGAAAAGACCUUCAAUUACUGCUUCAGCAUUUUGUACAAGGCUGAGCUCCUGCCUCCCCACUGAGGUUAACUGAAGGACUUUUAGUUUCCUGGUGGGCCCAUGAUACCGAGCCAUCAUUACGCUCUGCCACAAACGCACACACACACAGCGCAAUCCUAAACCCAGACACUAGGUGAGCAUGAAAAACCGUACCACCUUUUUCCUGUGGGCGGCUUUCAAAAUCCCUCCCAAGUUUACCUGUGAUUUUCCCCUCUUCCCCCCUAAGUCUAGCAGACCUCCCCACCCCGUGUUCACUUGCCAGAGUAGAAUGUCAGCAUCUUCAGGUUGGUCUCAGCUGGCCACUGACCAUUACACCAACCAGGUGGUUGCCAGGCAGAACUGUAGGUUUGUAGUUAUUGGAGCUCUCCAACACCACUAAAAAGGUUUGCAGAAGCCUUCUUUUUUUUUUUAAGAUUUAUGUGGUUUGACUCACUGAAAUACUCACAUGUUCACAAUAGACUAUGGUUAUUACCUCUGCCCAUGAAAACCAUGGCUGAGAUUUUGUAAUGAAAAUAUUAGGAUUGGUGCAGAGAAUAGCCACGGCACUUUAAGAGAACAGUGAGGCCUUUCUUUAGCUCUGGGCGGUGUAUUAAAAGGCUCUUGUAGGCAGAUGUAGAGUCAGACAGGACUGCAGGUUUGUGGAACUGCAGCUGGUGCUCUGAUGUUUGGCAUGGGUUACCCCUCAAAUGUAAAGUAAGCACAUUCUCCAGAAAAUAAGAGCAUUUGUUCAGGAAUACUUCAUACAAGGCAAUUUUAUAUUUUUCAUUUAACAAUCGCCGUCAUUUGAUAUACUAUUUGAUACACUGUACUGGAUGUACAUUUUUUGUCGUUGAACAUUGUCAGAUUGUUGUCUUUAAAUGUUGGUGUUGUUUUUAAAUGUUUUUAUAUAAGUGUUAACUUCUCAAUUAGCAAAUAAAUGUUUUCUGAACGAUUUGUGAAAUUUCUCUGCCUCGUGUUUACAAAGCAGUGCUCUCAUGCAUAAUAGUAAUGGGAUUUUUUUGUUGAUAGUUACAGAUCACAAUAUUCUAAUUUUUUUGCUACUGUAUGUAGUGUAUACUUGCGCUGGUCGGCUGUACCAAAACCCCGGUAUUUUUCAUCCUAUAUUUUUGUUCUCCAUCUUUUUAAAACAGCGAGCCAACAUGUUUUCAGGACUCAUUUCCCUGACAGAUCAAAACUAGUUGUUUUCUCAUGCUCUCGUCUCUCUGCAGCAGACAUGGUGAGCUAAAUGUUUGGAACAUCAAAAUCGCAAUACACAUAGAAUCAUGAGAAUCGCAAUACAUAUCGUAAGGUCCCUAGCAAUUCCCAGCCCUAAUGCAUAAACCAAUAAAAUCAUGAGUACACUGUUCCAAUGGACCAUAAUGUACUGUCCAUAAUCUCCCAUCAUUGUUAAAUACAGAAAAAGCAUUGUUAGAUAAUCUGUUUAAAACAAAAUAUUGAAUCAUUGUGAAAUCAUUAUGUAAUCACAGCUUGCAACAUUGGAGGAGUAAAUUGAGAUGUUUGUAUGCAAGAAUUACAUCACACUCCAUUGAAGUGGAGGACGGUUAUACAGCUUGUAUUGCAUGAGCUCUGAAAUAAAGUCUUUACACUCUG